UUCAAAUAAAAAAAAAUACGUUCUAAGCAGUUUUUCGGGGGGAGGGUACCGGAAGACGGUUGACGACAUUCAUGAUACCAGCAUCAGGAUAUAUACCACGGCAAUCCAGCGCAUUUAUUCAGUCCUUGGAAAGGUGCCUCUAAAGAACCGUUCGAGCAGUCCAAAUCAACUGAGGAAGCAAAAACUGAACAGCCAUCGUGAUAAAAUCACCAGCAACAUGUCCUCAUCAAUACUGUCAGUUCUUCUCUUUCUGGCUGUUGUGGCAAUGAAUUAUCAACAUGCUUCAGCCAAGAUUGUUGAGAUAAGUCGUAAGGAGGAGACUGACUUCGAGGUCGAGGAAGUAGAGCUCGUCGAUCGGCCUGCACCUGCCCCCAAACCUCCCAAAAGUUAUCCCAUCUUCAAGGAGCGAUCUAUCACCUAUAUGGACACGCAAUGGGCUACGACUGAGGUUGUGAGGGAUAAGCUCAAGCUGGGAUGGACGAUCAGGAAUUACACACUUCUGCAUACCAGAGAGAUAAUUUGUCUCAAGUCUCCAGCCUACGCAACUACCGACAACCUCACACAAUGGCUAAUUAAAUUGUGCAUGCGCGAGAACAAAGAUGCAAAAUUCAUUGUAUCACUUCGUCUCGCUCAUGAGAAAACAGAAUCGAAGUAUUUGAAUCGUCAGAUUGAUGGCAAAUUGGAGAUCUUGAAGUCUGGGACCGUGCUGGUAUCCAAAACAUUGGAUAAAAGGGGUGUGGGUAUAGAGAAAGACCCACACACAUACGAAUAUGGGGAUGAAUCGGUUGAGCUGCUACCUUAUUCCACUCCUGAUGAUGAGGUCACUAUUGUUUUGGACAUUAAUAUGCCACCGAGGGCCAUUACGAAGCUAGUCAGACUGCAAGACGAUUAAUUAACUCAUGAAAAUUAUUUUACAAAAUUAUGAAGAUAUCGUUUGAAGAACAUGCAUGUAAUGUAGCAUAUGUUUGAUUUGAAAAAUAAAUGUCCCUGAUUUCCCUGCAA